CCUCCACACACUCAAAUAAACGCCAUUGCAUAGCCAGCGCCCUCCGCUGACAUCCUUUCGUUCGGCUGAGCUUGUUCAUCAUCAUCAUCAUCAAUCUCUCCGUCUCCGCCCGCUGUCCUUGCUAGGUACUUCGGACAGCCGUCCCACCUCACGCGUCGAUCUACUUGCCAUAUCCCGUCAAUACACGUAUCAUACAGUCACUUAUCGAACCACCUCCAGCUAUAGUCAGCUCUAGCAAUGUUACUUGCCUAGACACCAAACGCCGGCCCUGUGCUACGGUUCAGCUUGAUUGUCACGAAACAUCUGUGCCGUACGCCUACUCACAUUACCUUCAAACGUCCAUCGAUACCUUGUUCGCUACUUCACGAGGCCAAAGAACAUAUCUUGCGUUAUCGCAAUCCUUCCCAUACUCGGUCACAUCCGUACAACAUUAGUAUUACAGAGGGCAGCGCAUAAUGCUGGACGGACUGCUAACAUGGAGACUACGGAGACCAAUUUCGAGCACAGCUUCCAGAGCGUUACCACCCCUCGAAGGCUACGUUUCAAGAGAAGGGCAUACCAUUCUGGGUCUCUACAAUGGGCUUUCUGCCUUACGUUCUUAGCCACAUGCUCGUCAAUCCUUUCGACAGUGUCUGCCGCCUUUAUAAACUUCGAGAACUGCUUGUCUCGAGGCGUCACACAGUCCCAUCCGCUCCUAUUACAGUUCAUACCUACCAACGUAUCUGUACAUCUGAACACGACAGCGACGACACCAAGCUUGAACUUCACAAUUUACGGAAAUGUAUCCGGACAGACCACAGAUGAGCCAUAUCGUGGUGCCAGUGACCCCAGGUGGCUCGAUGCAAACGACACGUUCGGCAAGAUCAUAGAUUCCUCGGGCGGUAAGCGAGCGACGCUCUUUUCGAGGUUCAAUGUUCUAUCUUACAGGGCUUAUAAUGCUCCGCCCAGCGCCUUUUGCGAAAAUGUUCUGAACGAGCCCUGCCCGCUGAGACCUGCCUUCAAUGUCUCUGGGUCAGACCUGAGCGCCGUCCCGGGCUUCACGGUCUCACUACCUUUGUACAGCACUUACGCCUUUGCGACCCUCGCUGGAACUAUCUCGAUACAAGCUGCUGGAUCAGGCGACACCGUUGCUUGCGUCUCGGCGAACGUUACGCCUGACUUGGGUAACACUAUAGCCUCCGUCUUGACGUAUCUACCUGCCGCUAUUCUGAUUCUGGUGGCUAUUGCUACUGUAUCUGCGGCAAUAUUUAGUCCCUGGGGUACUUCAAAUAUCUUUCGAUGGACAAGUAAUUACGGCCGCGAUGAGGAUCUUCUGCGCCUUGUCACACCAGGAUUUGGUGACUGCUUGCAGUAUAUUCAAUUCAUCGUUCUGUCUGGAAGUCUGAGCUUGAACUACCCUGGAUUCUACCAACCAGUCGUCAGCCAGGCGGCGUGGUCUAUGCUAGCCUUCAACAACAGCUUCGUUAGCCAUGGUGAUGGAUACCAAAGCCUUGAAGAUGGAAUGUAUAACGUGAAUGGAACUCAUGGUCUUACCCGACUUCGACAGUAUGUCGGUCAAACCAGAGAUGACGACUUGUGGGCCGGAUUUGCAGUAUACCUUCUUGGUAUCUCCCUCGCCGUUGUGAUCCUCAGCCAGCUUGGCUUCCUUCUUCGUUGGGGCGCCCGCGCAGUCUCGCGUGUCCAGGAUGGAGAUCUACGCAGUAUGAAUGUUCCGUUCACUUUCGGCAACUUGAUUAGAAUCUCCUUCAACUACUUUUUGCUACCAAUUGUGGCACUAUCACUAUAUCAGUUGGUUAUCGCUCCAGACUCCAAAGCCGCCGUGGUCGCAACUGCCACCAUCAUGCUCAUAGCAAUAUUCGGAGCUGCGGUCUGGAUCUUCCGGCUUAUAUUUACCACUCGGCCACGCGCUCAUCUGUUCGAUGAUCUUCCCACUUUGCUCCUGUACGGUCCCCUCUACAACACUUAUUCUGACGAUGCUGCUCCGUUCGCAUUCAUUCCCGUGCUCCUCACCCUCAUCCGAGGCGUCACCAUCGGCGCCGUGCAACCGUCAGGCAUAGCUCAGCUUGUCGUGUUGGCAAUCUGCGAGGUCAUUUUGAUGCUAACUUUACACGCAUUCCGCCCCUUUCAAGCUCCAACGUCCAUGAACGCUUACCACACUUUCUUCGCAGUCGUCAGAUUAGUCGCCGUCUUGCUUUCUGUAUCGUUCGUCCCGUCGCUUGAGGUUUCGGAGGCUAUAAAAGGAUGGAUAGGCUAUGUUGUACUGUUACUGCAUGCCAUAGUACUGAUUUUUGGCUUCUUCUUGAACGCUUUGCAGACCAUCAUUGAGGUUGUCGCAAGACUCCUGGGUGCCGGUGGCGAAGCUAGGGGCGGAUUGGCCACCGUGUUUGGCAAACGCCAACUCUCUAAACGCGGAAGACAUCGACGAAACCAACGGAGUAGCAUGAGCUCUCAAGCGGCUAUGCUUACAGCAGAACGUGACAUAAAGUCUCCUGGAACUGAUGGACGAACGAGGAGUCUUUCUGCUAGUUCGGCAAUUCUACUCGGAGGUCGAGCCAGCAGUGGCUUCGACCAGUUCAGUCAAGGUGGCGACUAUGGCACACCUCGCAGAGUCAGCCCUGGGGGUACGGCUAGUCCCCUCCCGUCUGCCAUGAGCGGCAGCAUAUCAGCGCGUACUUCUCGCAGACCAACCAUGGGAUCAAUUCCAGGCGAAACAUCCGACACUUUCUACCGAACUCCGAGAAUGCGGCGUCCGACGAUAGAGAUGAUAACUGGUGGGGAUCCAGAUGGUGAAUCUUGGGCCCACGGCGAACAACAUAACCUGUCUUCCCGAGACGGGGAAGAAUAUACAGGGACUGGAGAUUUGGCAGAUGCAGGUGAGGGCUCUUCGACCCGCGAUGGGGUCGCUCCGGCAUAUCUGAGAGUGCAGAGAGAAGAUUCCGAUGUGAACCCACCGGAAGGCCUGCGGACUACUGACUAUGCCGUGCGAGAAUCAGACUUCUAUUACGGUGUGAGCAGAGGCCCUGCGCUGUCAAGCCAGCCAACACGACGGUUGAAGACGGGGCCCGCAGACCCGACAGGUCCCGUGGCAUCUGCCACUGGAUGGAUCAAAGGCUUCUUUGGAACGAAGAGAAGAGAUAAAGGCAAAGGCUUCGAAGUGGUGCGGUCUACACGAGCACCUCCAGAGAUGACUCCUCUCGAGGAGGUCAUUUCUCCAGGCGAACGUGAACCUUACCGAGAUGAACCAGAAGCCGCCAGCCGGGUUCGUGAAGGCGGGACGGAUACGUCUUACAGUGGUGACGUUGAGCAGAACGCUCUUCCAGUCAUUCGCGUACCUGCGAGUGCGCCAGCCCUAGCACCCAUUGAGGGUAUUGGUGGACUAGAUCUACCAAGCAAGUGGGGAUCCCAGGUCAGUUCAAGAUUUCCAGGAGACCGGGGUGCCUUUGAGGUUGGCAUUCCAAAAAUACCUCGAAGGAGCUCAAAAAGAAACUCCUUCGCCGAUGCAGCCAUGAUAACCGAUACGGUCGAUCUACGUCCCACCGCAAGUCAAGCCACGAUUCCCAUUCAUCUCCCCUUCCGAUCAGACGAUCUUUCGCCUUCUCCAGAACGAGGUCCUUCGAAUGCAUCCAGCUAUGGUGGUGUGGGCCAGGAAUAUACAGGUCAACCAGUGUCCCCAAUCGAGGGAGAUAUCAGUACAACUGUAUUGCCAUCUUCUGAUCGUCCCGUCAGUACGGGCUAUGUCCAACAUCACGUCGCUAGCGACAAUAUCCGUCCUGGCAUUUAUCGGUUGAGUUCGGGAACACAAGCCGAGCUUGUUGAUUAUACAGCAGGAAGAGAUCUAAGCCCUGAUCAUACGCGCGGCUGACAAUGGUGCAAAAAAACGAGGCAGCACACCUACAUUGAAAGCGGACCACGCCUCACACCUAUACUCGGGGCGUAACGAGACGAAUUCCAUUGAGUCACAAUACGAAGCGAUGGCGUUGGUGAGGUGGCAUUUACGAUGAGGGUAUGGAGUAAAACAAGGUGUAUCAAAUACAACGGGUGUGCAGGGCAUAAUACCCAAGAACAAGAUUUAGUAAUGGUCAGAUGUAGCAGGCUUCUGCAAAGAAAAGGGCUGCUACACAUAAAAUAGCUGUAGGAUAUGCCAUAAUAGUGAAUGAGUUCUCAGUCAAGCAUGAGCU